CAGGUUUAUUCAAUAUACACAAACAAUUUAGAUAUUGUUAUUGUUUGUUAUUUAAUUGAAUUAAUAAGAUCUACAAAAAAAUUUAAAGUUUUUUUUAAUUCAAUAAAUAUUACAACUAUAAUGAGUGAUAGUAAAAAUAGUAGUCCUGGAAAUGAUUAUGAGGAAGUAGUUAUUAGUGACAGGAGAAGCAUUACAAGCGAUGAAGAGGACUCAGAAUACUAAGAACAUGACUUAUAAGAUUAAUAAGAAUAUCAAUUAGUUAAUCAAUAUCAACCGAAUAUGCAAUUUAGUGAUGAUAAUAAAGAUAAUCAUAUAAAUCACCUAGCUAACCAAUAAGUAUAAGUAUGUAAUGUAGGAGAAAAUGUAGUAUAGUAAAGGAUAGAAUUAGAGCAUGUUAAGCAGAGACUCUCUCAAUUUGAUAUUAGAGAUGGAAACAAUACUCCAAAUUCUCCCUCAUAUUUAGUUUUUGCUCCAGAACAGCUAAAAUUGAACUAAAAUCAUGGGAAUGAAAAAGUAGAAAAGCAUUUAUUAAAAUCUUUAGAAGAAUUUUCGCCGAUUUCAAGGAUGGAGGAUUCAAGAGGAGAUAUGACAGUAUAAAUAUUUGAUUUGAGUAUGGUUUAAGGUAGGGAUUAGCACAUAGGUUCAAAUUAAAAUAAUUAAGGUAGUUAUAGCUCUAGAAAUACUAAAUCUACUUUUAGCAAUCUAGCUAAUUCACAUUAAAAUAAAGAAUAAAGCAAGAAUGGAAGUUAAGGUCCCUUUUCAAAUUAAUAAAUUUCAAAUGCUCCACUACCUCCUACAUUGACUCGAUUGAGUAAUAAUUCAAAGUAAGAAUAGAAGACUUAAAAACUUAGAGAGCGAUUAGAGAAAUAUAGUCAUUAAAUGAUGAAUAAUAUAAAUUUAUAAAAGACUUCAAGUGAUGCAGCUUAACAAAAAUAAAAUACUAAAAAUUCAAUUGUUUAAUCAAAAAACUCAGUUAGCAACUUGACGUAAAAUAAAAAAGGAUCUACAAAAAGUAGUAAAAUUUCUACUCCAAUAGCCAAAAAAAGUGCUUUAAACAAUAAUGAAGGAAAAUAGUUUGAGGUUCAAGUUGAACAAAUAAGAGAGAAAUCAAGCAAUUCUUACUAAAAACCUACAUAUAGUUCUACUAAAAAACAAGAAUAUUCAAAAACUGAAAGGACAACUCCAAAUAAUGCAAAUAAAUAGAAUUAAGCAAGUAGUAGUGUAAAGCAAAAAUAAAAUUUGUAGUCAUCUAUUUAAUAACAGUAAUAAAUUUCAAUGUAAAUCCAAAAAAAGAUGACUCAGCCUUUAAAUUAACCUGAUAAAACUACACAAAAAAAACAUCAAAAUAUAGUUUAAGCAAAGUUUUUAUUAACUUCUCCACAGAAAAAUAAAGUUUAGUAAAAUAAUUUCUUAGGAAAUUUACCUUCUUAGAGAUCAUCCUAACCAAAUAUAAGUGAUUCUAAGAGUACUAACCAUAGAGAAGCUCCAUAUUAAAGGUACUCAGAUAUAAUAAGCACUAAUUAAUAUAGUAAGUAAAAAAGUUAAUCACCCUCUGAUAGAGCUAGAACAACUGUAGGCGAAUCAUAUAAAUAAAAUUUGAGUAAGAAAUAAAUGUCUGAUAAAAAUAGUCAAAGAAAAUUAUCUGAUAAUAUGAAUAAUGUUUCUCUAAAAAAGAGUUAUUCCUAAGAAAACAUUAAUCAGUAAAGAAGAGAUUCUUAUAGUAGUCACCAAUCAGCAAAUGUGUAGGUACCUAAUGAUAAAAAUAAUAUAAAUGGUUAGAGUAAACUAGAUUUAAUAAGCUUAAGAUAAUUAUACAGAGAUAGUUUAGAUAACUAUUUUGUGAGAUAGAACAUCGAUUAUAACUAGAGUUAAGAAUAAAUGGAUAAAUAAUAAAAAGAAGAUGAAGGAGAUGAGUUUGAGAUUAAUAUUUAUAAAAAUUAGUCUGAUAAAUUCUCUGCCUAAAAAAAUAAAAAUAUAGAUGAUGAAGAUGAAUAGCUUGAGUUUCCUUAGCUUUACCAUAUUAAUAGAUCGUAAAGUUAGCAUAACCAAAAUUAUAUUUAGAAUGAAAAUAAUAAUUUAGAUGAAGAUGGAAAAAAUAAUAGCCAAAAUUUAAUUAGGAGAUCAUACACGCAAGAUAAUAUGCUCAACAAUAUCUCAGCUUAGAAUUCUUCACAAAAAGGAAAUGAAUAAAGCUUAUUCAGUUAAAAUUAACCUUAGAGCUGUUAUAAUAAAGACUAUGUGUAAGCUUAAAAUAGCAGUAAGGACAAUAUUCAAUAUACCAAGGAAUUUACUGAAAAUAGUUUUAAUCAAAGUCAUUCAAAUUAUUAUAAACUAACUAACUUAAAGGAGUAAAAAAAUAACCCUAAAAAUACUCCUUUUCACAAUAAUUAUAAUAACAACAACAAUAACCAAUAAUUGACAGGAGAUUCAAAUUUUACCAGCUACACAAAUGCUCUCUCAGUAGUUACAAAUUAGGGUUAAAAAGUUAUUUCAAGUGCAAAAUAUAUUGAUUAAGAUGAAGAUGAAAUUAUAGAUAACAGUGAAUAAUAAUUUAUAUCUCAAAGAGCUACAGAAAGUCAUAGUAAAAAUCAAGAUCAUCAAUAAUAAAUUGAUUUAAAAAGCUAUAACGUACCUCCAAAGUAAAGAAAAGCAAGCACAAAUUAUAUUCCAAGAGAAUCUCCUAAUCGACAUACAUAAAUAUCACCUAAGUAACAAAAAUAAACAUAAUACUAAUAAUAAAAUAAUUAUAAUCAUAACAGUAGUAAUCAUAUUGAUUUAAGAAAAAGUAAUAAUUAUUUUCAUCCUUUAAACAAUGAAAAACCUGUCUCUCAGCGCUACAGUGAUUAAAUUGAUAUUAGAAAGAAAACAGAAUUAAAUAAUAAAACCAAUACUAAUUGCAGUAAUAACAGCUUAAAUAUAAAUAAUCCAAUUUGCUUAUACAAUUUAAGUAAAGAAAGCAGUAAUAAAAAUGUGAAAAAUAGCAAUAGUAACACGUAUAAUUAAAACUAUUACAGCUUAAAAGAAGGAUAAAAUUAGAGUGCAUCUAGAAAAUAAAAUAAUAAGCAACAAUCACCUUUUACAUAAGAAGACUCACCUGUUAAAUUGGUAAAUAAAAACCAGAUUUUAAAUGAUUUAAAAAGAUAAGCUUAAAAUUUACAGAAAUAAAUUAUUGAUAUUAGCUAGAAAUCUAAAAGAGCAGGCAAUACCUAAUCAAUACAUUCAAUUGAUAAAGGAAAUUAAAAUUCAUAUAGCUACUAAACUCAAAGAUCUCACCCUAUAUUACCAAACGACUCUUAAAUUGGCUCCUAAAGUUAAAUAACUACUUAAAAUUAAUAUUACUUGAAGAAUGCAACAAAUUAAAAUUAAUCUAUACAUAAUAUAAAUUCUAACACUGCUCAUAAUAGCAAUUCUAACACUAACACUAAAACUAAUACUAAAGAGCAAUUCUAUUCUUAAAAUUCCUAAUACCAACAACUAUUUUAGUAAAAGUAAGCAGGUAGAAUUUAUUCUCAGAGAGAUGCAGCCAAUAAGAAAUAGAAAUUUAUAAGAAAUUCCAAUGAUUUUUAAAAUUAGAAAUAGAGUUAAGGAGAUUAGCAAUCUACAAACUAUGAUUUAUCAGAAAAUAUUAUGAAUAAACUUUACCCUGAUCAAAAGAAAAAUGCAAGCAAGAGUAAAGAAAUUUAAAAAUAGAACUCUAAGACAUAAAAUAGCAUUUACGAUACAAACAUUGAUUACAUUUUAAAGCUCUUAAAGGAAUCGAGCACUAUUUAAUAAUAAAAUUCUAUAAUAUAAUAAAAGAAUAAUUAAAACGCUAGUUUUUGCACUUUAAAUAAUAAAUAUUAAACCAGUUAGCAGUAAAAAACUAACUAGUAAUAACAACAAUAAUAAUAAUAAACUUUAUAAUCAAAAUCGCCAACACAAACUUCUCCUCCUUUGGUCAGAGAGUAAUUUUCUAAAUAUCUUCAAAUAGUGUAAAAGAAAACUUAAAAAAGCCCUUAAGCAAAACAAGGGCCAGCUCUAGCAUAAAAAGAUUAGAUAGCUCAAAGAAUUUAAUAAAUAGAACAAGAAAUACCUAAAAUAUAAUUAUAAAAAAAUUAAAUUGCUUUAGAAAACAAUAUGUUGGAAUAACAAAACCAACUUUUAAAGUAGAAUUUACAAAAUAUUUGA